UAACAGUGAUAAUGACUAUCCACAUGGAAACAAACACAAAGAGGGCAAUAAUUGGAAAUGAAAGAAAUGUCAGAGUUAAGAGACUGAAAACCUUGGCUCAGGUCCAUGUUAAUGCAGCGGAGGUAGGAACAAAAAGAAGGUGGUGAGGGGAAGCAAGGGGUGGUCUGUAGAGUGACAUGAGAGGCAGUAUUUCUUAGGGGAGAGUCUUACAGAGCCUGCCUGGGAGACACACACACUUAAUCCAGCUGCCUGGGAGGGAGGGAGAAAGAGAUCUCUAGAAGAAGGAGCAGGCGAUUUUCAGCCCAUCAAGCUGAUACACACUCCCCACGUUACCAACCACACAAACAGGCUUUUCCUCAGACACACCACGGCAGGUGGCCUCUGCCUAGAUCAGAAACCAUCUUAAUUAACUCACUGAGGUUUGAGCUGAGGUUUGGAUCCUCCCCCCCACCCCGCUCAAGCGUGAGCAGAGUUAGGAGUUGGAGCUUCACUUUCUUCCCCAGUGCAGAGAGACCGCACGCCAGGCACGAGGCUCUCCACUCCUCCCUUCUCCCACUUUGCCUUUUCCUGGGCUCCUGUCCAGAGAAUGACUGGCUCCAGUGGACCCAAGAGGAGGGACGCAGCCUGAGGAUACAGUACAGCAGCUCCAGCCCUGCCUGCCUGCCUGCCUGCCUGCCUGCCUGCCUGCCUGCCUGCUGGGACAGACACUUGCAGUGAGAUUUUACAAAUCAGCAGCUCCAACACCUUCUGUGGGAUUCCAUGGACUUGAUUUAAUAUUAUUUUUUUCUGUCAACAGAUCAGAAAUACUGGAUUAAAGCUGGGCAUAAAGACAGACAAACAGACGGACUGACAUAUGGACAGAGAGCAGUGGGCACUGCGGCGUGAAUGUGGCAACUGGACUUCUCUUCUCUGUGGUUACUAAGACCAAACAAGGAUAAUAGCCAGAGCACUAUCCUGUCCACCGAGGUAGUGGGUGGAUGCAGCUUUCAGCAGACUGCUAUAGGGAUGAACGUGGAGUGUGUAUCUCACUGAGGAUGGCUGAGUGCAUAAGGGCUGUGUAUCUGACAGUGAUGCUGCUGUAUCUUGCUCUGCUGGCUACGGCUCACACAGCCCACAGCAUCUACCCAAGGAUACGGCUGUCCAACAAAGAGCUUUGGCAGCUGAACAGAACCUGGGUGUUCCAGGGACAUGGAGCGUCCCUUCAGCCCCAGACCAUGCUGCUGGAUGAAGGCCACGAGAGGCUUUAUGUUGGGGCUAGAAAUACUCUGUUCUCCCUUAGCCUGGACCAAGUUAACACACACCACAGAGAGAUCCAGUGGGCCAGUACAGAAUCUCAGAUAGAGGAGUGUUUGAUGAAGGGGAGGGAAAAGCCGGAGUGUGCAAACUACAUCAAGGUCUUGCAACAGUACAACCAGACCCAUUUGCUGGUCUGUGGAACAGGAGCCUUUAACCCCAUCUGUGCCCUGCUCAGAGUGGGACACACAGGGCAGGACAGGCUGUUUGCUUUUGAAGAAGAAAGUAUUAUGAGUGGCAGAGGACGCUGUCCAUACGAACCCAGCAGUCCCUGCACGUCCACACUCUCCAGAGGAGAGCUGUAUAUUGGCCUGUACACUGACUACUGGGAGAAUGAUGGUGCUUUGUGUCGACUUAACAACCAGACCUACACACGCACUGAAAGAGACGACAGGCAGCAGCUCAAUGAACCUAAGUUUGUGGGUUCAGCAGUUAUUCCUGACAACGAUGACAGGGAUGAUGAUAAAGUUUACUUCUUCUUCACUGAGCGAGAGAUGGAUGCUGGGGGAGUGAACAAGGCAGUAUAUACUCGUGUUGGGCGAGUUUGUGCGAAUGACCAAGGAGGCCAGAGGAUGCUGGUGAAUAGAUGGAGUUCCUUUUUGAAAACUCGUCUUAUCUGCUCCGUGGUUGGACCAAAUGGCAUUGAUACACACUUUGAUGAUCUUGAGGAUGUCUUUGUGCUCAAAAGCAAGGAUGGGAAAAACCCUGAAAUCUUUGGCCUCUUUAGCACAACAAGUGCGGUCUUUAAAGGCUAUGCAGUGUGUGUCUACCAUAUGGAUGAUAUCAGAGCUUCCUUUAAUGGUCCAUUUGCCUGCCGAGAGCGACCUGAGCAUCACUGGACACCAUACGAGGACAGAGUCCCUUACCCUCGACCUGGAUCUUGUGCAAGUAAAGUGAACGGCGGUGGCUUCUCCUGCUCUAAGGAGUUUCCUGAUGAGGUUUUACGGUUUGUGCGUUCUCACCCUGUGAUGUAUCGUCCAGUCCUGCCCCAGCACCGUAGACCUGUCCUGCUGCAGACAGAUUCAAGCAGGAGAAAGCUGACUCAGAUUGCUGUGGACAGAGUCCAAGCCCAGGAUGGACACUACCACGUUCUCUACAUUGGAACUGAUGACUCAGUUGUGUUGAAAGUUAUCACCAUCUACAACAAAGACACAGACACUAUGGAGGAGGUGUUGCUGGAGGAGCUGCAAGUAUUCAAGGAGCCAGCACCAAUAAGAGAGAUCAUAAUAUCACCUAAAAGGCAACAGCUGUAUGUGGGGUCAGAAGUGGGUGUGGCCCAGCUCAGGCUGCAUCAGUGUGACCUCUAUGGCUCAGAAUGUGCUGAUUGUUGUCUGGCCAGAGACCCCUACUGUGCCUGGGAUGGUCUCACCUGCUCCAGAUACUACCCUGCUGGAGUCUACACCAAGAGUAGACGAUUCAGGCGGCAGGAUGUUCGCCAUGGCAACGCAGUCCAGCUGUGCAAUGGGCUGCAAAUUGAUGUUGGAGGUGAGAGAGAUGAACAAUGGCACAGAGCUCAGGAGAGGCUGGUGUAUGGUGUGGAGAGCAACAGCACUUUACUCGAGUGUGUCCCUCGAUCACUUCAAGCCAAGGUACUCUGGUUCUUGCAGAAAGGAGGAGAGAAACACGAGGUUCGAGGUGAUGAACGGGUUAUCAUGACCUCUCAUGGGCUGCUGUUUUUACAAGUGAGAAGCUCCGAUGCUGGUGUGUACAUGUGCCAGACUGUGGAACAUGGAUAUGUGCACACAUUAUUACGUAUCUCUUUACACGUGCUCAGAGGAGAGAGGGUGGAGUCAGCGAUCCACAAGGCUAACGACGGGGAGGGAGAGAAAGCUGCAGCUCCAUGCCACUCCUCCGUGGGCCCCCCACCAGGCCCCAGCAUCAGUCCCAGGGCUCUGGUGCCAUCCUCAGUCCCUGGCCCCCACUCCAGGCUGUGGUACAAGGAGUUUCUACAGCUGAUUGGCUACGGGGAUGCCCAAAGAGUAGAAGAGUACUGUGAGAGAGUAUGGUGCUCUGAUAAAAAGCGUAAAAAGACCAAAAGGAAGUAUGUUUCUCCAGGUGGCGAGAAGAGAGGGAAAGGGAGGGGAGAGGAGAACUCCCACCGAGCGCCGAGGCACACCUUGGGAACCUGAGGAGAACAGACUGACUACACACACACAUGCACAGACAGACAAGACAGACAGACAGACACACACACACACACACACACACACACACACACAUACACAUACACAUACA